AUGGACUCCCUCACUCAGGUCCGAGCACUGACUUGGCUUUCGCCUCCCCUCCUUUCCUUCAAGGUUGGCCUGCGACAGCUGGACAUGUCCUUGCUCUGCCAACUGUACAGCCUCUAUGAGUCCAUUCAGGAGUACAAGGGAGCGUGCCAGGCGGCCUCCAGCCUGGACUGCGCCUAUGCUCUGGAGAACGGCUUCUUCGAUGACAAUGAGGACUUCCGGGAGCAGGGCUCGCUCCGAGAAGGCCAGGGCCGAGGCCCUCCCCGGGACUCUUCACUGCCUGGGAGCCACCUCUCUGGCAGCGACUGGAUUCUGGAGUCUAUCUAGCACCUCUGGAGUCCAUCAACACACACAGACCGGCAGCAUCUGUUUCUCUUCUUGCAAGAAAGCAUGUCAGCCUCUCCACGGUGGACGGUUCAUGGGCAUGUGGGGACUGGUGCCACCAGUCUGAUAAGUGGGGCAGCCUGCUCAGCGGGCUGCAGGGUCUUCCCAAUGACCUAGAGGCCUGGCAUAUCCCUGGUACCUUGAGUGGCACCUGCUGGAGGCCGUGACAGAAGGGUUCCAUGUGGAAAGCCUUCAUGGGCCGUCUGGGUGAGCCUGCUCUCAGCCAGCUUCUUUGUAGGUGGCAGGCGUGUUAUGCCCCUUUGUUUAAGGAUGCCGUGCUGGCGUGUGAGAUAUGAAAACCAUUUCCCUGCCCAGGGCCCCCAAGGCGGUCUUCAUCUUUUCUUGCUGUUAUGAGCUGUUCGCUUCUUUGCUCAGAUUUCUUUGAAAGUUGUGUCACUGACUCGUGAGAGCUUCCCAGGAGGAGAAAAUGUCCUUCCACUCUGGCCAGCCACUUUUCUGCAACUACCAAAACUGACAUCCGGCAAAGGUAGAGGGGAAAACAUGAAUGAAUACACACUGAAUGGAGAGAGAGAAAACCUGGGACACCAUGAGAGACUGUUGAUGGCUCCAGACUGUGAACUGCCGUGUUGGAAAGCAGUCCUUCCAAGCCUUAAUCUAUUUAUUUAAACCCUUUCACGAGACGUCACACUGUCAGUUAAACAUGGAUAAAAUGUUCAAGUGUC